CCAAAAUAGAAGACAAUAUUAGGUUAUCAUUAUAAUGUACAUUUAGAAUGUAUGUUUACAUAGGAACUAAUUCCGAUAACAGAAACUAAUAAUAAUUUAUAGAAUCAAAGUUACAAUGUCCAAACCAGAAGUACUCAAAUUAUUCAAAUCUAUGAUAAGAGAAUCUAAAAAAAUAUCAUCAUACAAUUUUAGUUCUUUUAGGGAAUAUGCUAUAAGAAGAAUUCGAGAUGGUUUUAAAGAAAAUAAAAUAUUGAGUAAUCCGAAAGAAGUGCAAAUUGCAAUUCAAAAAGCCCAAUCAGAUUUGGAAAUCAUUAAAAGACAAGUAAUUGUUGGACAAUUGUAUAGCGCAGAAAAGUUGGUGAUAGAACAUCAUUUAAAAAAUUAGGUUAUCAUAAAAUGUAAUAUGACUUAAUGUAAAGUAUUAAAUCAAAUAUAAACUCGUA